GCUGCCCGGCGGCCGCGGUCGGGGCAAGAUGGCGGCGGAGGCGGCGGACUCGUGGGACGCCGACAGCUUCGAGGUGGUGGAGCCGGUGGCGAAGCGGCUGGUGCCGGGGGUGGCCGGGGACCGCUGGGCCGGCGAGGAUGAGGAGGACGACGUGAAGGAUAACUGGGAUGAUGAGGAGGAAGAGGAGGAGGUGAAGGAGACAGAGGUAAAGCAAGAACCGAAAGUUUCAGAAAAAAAGAAAAUAGCAGAAAAAAUCAAAGAAAAAGAAAAGCUACAGAAGAAAAAGCAAGAGGAGCUUAAAAAAAGGUUAGAGGCACCUGAGGAACAGAAGGAGCUCACACCAGAAGAACAGUUGGCAGACAAACUACGGCUAAAGAAGCUACAAGAGGAGUCAGACCUGGAGCUGGCGAAGGAAACCUUCGGUGUAAAUAGCACUUGUGGAAUAGAUGCCAUGAAUCCCUCCUCCAAAGAUGACUUCACGGAAUUUGGGAAGCUGCUGAAGGAGAAGAUCACACAGUACGAGAAGUCCUUGCACUACGCCGGCUUUUUGGAAGCGCUGCUGCGGGACGUCUGCAUCUCCUUGGAAGUGGAUGAUUUGAAAAAGAUCACAAACACUCUGACAGUAUUAUGCAGUGAAAAACAAAAACAAGAGAAGAAUAAAGCCAAAAAGAAGAAAAAAGGAGUUGUGCCUGGAGGGGGGCUGAAGGCGACCAUGAAAGACGACCUGGCCGACUACGGCGGCUACGACGGCGAGUACGUACAAGACUUUGAAGACUUCAUGUGACAUUUAUCUCCCUUCUGUUGUCUUUCUGUUGCCCAUAAUCCCUUAAACAUGUAGCACAACCUUUCUUCCUCUAAAUUCUGCCAAAUGCUACAAUCAGAAUUGCAGUAUCUGUGUGCUGGGGGCUGGAGGUGCCGGGGCCGGGCGGAAGCUCCGGGCGGGGUAGAAGGGAAAAGGUCUGGAAAUUGCAGUUAAAAACCCAAAAUUCUGAUAGUGGGCACUGCUGUUCUAGCAACAGCCACUCAAUUGGGAAGGAAUUGGAACAAGGUGAAGGAUUAGAACCAGCACAGCUCCAUGACAUGGCCUUAACUGUCCCUGCUCCAGGGCCAGGCUGAGCACGAGCAGUUUGCAGCAGGGUGUGCACGUAGAGCUCCAGUCGCUUUGUCUUGAGUUAAAGCUUGAGGAUUUCAGUAUUUUGGGAAGGGAACUGCUAACUUCAGUGUUGAUACUGCCCCUGGGACAGCCACUGCUCCAGAGCCUGACACCUGAGCAGCACCUGCUGGGGCAGAGCAAGGCAAAACCCACGUGUGUCCCGAGGAUGAAGUUUAGUUCCAUUCAUUUAAAUUUCUACUAAUGCAGCUGUCUGGGUUGGGUGUUCUUUAACAGUUAAUUAAGGGGUUAAGUGUAAAAGAAAAAACCAAACCACACAACUUCCUUGGGGCUCUCCUGGGUUGUGGUGGGUCUCUCACAACUCGGCCGUUUUCUUUCAUUAAAAACCAAACUUGCUUAGCAAACUGCAGCAGUUCCUACAGUUGGGCAAAUUGUUAUGUUAACAAUUACAACAUCUGCAAUGUUUUAUAAAGCAACUAAUUUAAUAAAAAUCACUAUUGAGGACUUCA